UAUCUUAAAGAAGAGAGACGCAUAUACACGUGUGUUGACACAGUUCACUGUAACCUUAGUUAUUUUAGCUGUGUGUUUGAGGCGGCUGUAAGCGUGUGUGGUAACCCUAACAGACAUGUCUUCAUUCAGAAAAGCGCUCAAAUCCAAACAGCGGGAUCACAAAGAGCGAUCUCAGCCUGGAUUCAGGAAACAUCUGGGACUCUUGGAGAAGAAGAAGGACUACAAACUCCGUGCAGAUGACUACCAUCGAAAACAGAAAACCCUUAAUGCCUUGCGCAAGAAGGCUCUGGACAAGAACCCGGAUGAAUUCUACUACAAAAUGAUCAACACUCAAUUAAAGGAUGGAAAGCAUGUGAUUAAACAGAAAGAGGAAGAGAUGACAGAGGAACAGAAGAAAAUCAUGCGGACUCAGGACAUCGGAUAUGUGGAAAUGAAGAGGGUGGCCGAGUCUAAGAAAAUUGAAAGAUUAAAGUCUGAACUGCAUCUUCUGGAUGUUGAGAGUAAACAGAAAAACUCGCAUGUCUUUUUUGUGGACACCAAAAAAGAAGUGGAGGAUUUUAACUUGGCCACACACCUGAACACGGUGCCAGAGCUGGUAAACAGAGCCUAUAACAGACCUACACUGGACACACUGAUGAACAAGAGCAUCCUGGGAGCUGUCACACCAAAGAAUAUAGAGAAACUGGCCAAACAGCGAAAGGUUCGCUAUGCUGAACUGUCCCAACGUAUUGACCGAGAGAAGAAGAUGUUCGUCAUCAGUCAGAAGAUCCAGACCCGCAAAGACCUUCAGGACAAGAACAAGAAAGUAAAAGUGAAGAAUGAGACAUCCACUGCUCCUGCCAUCUACAAAUUUGAGACCAAAAGGAAAAGAUAACACACUUUCCCAACACCAUCAAGAGAGACACUCACAUUUAAAACAAUACACAGCUGAGCUUAAGCCCGAGCCCGAGCCUGAGCCUGAGUUGAUGUGUAUGCUGUACAGUAAGCAUACAUAUACUGGGCUUUCAGAUCGAUUGGGGAAGUGAUAUGAUGGCUAACUGGGGAUUUAUUUUGGGUUACACUGCCCACUUCCAACACACACAAGCAGGAAAUUGGUUGUAACCUUCAUUUUUUGAAAGGCUGCUGUUUUGUAAUGUUUGUAUAUAGCUAUUCUAAUAGAGCUUGCUAUGGUUGUGGUUUGUACUGAAAUAAAACCUUGUGUAAAAACA